ACCCACACCCCAUGACAGCGUGUGCCCCGUGUACAGACUUCCCCACGGACAUGCUGACGGGCGAGCAGCUGGACGUGCUGCGCAACCUGGGGCUGCUGCGCGACGGCGGCGGCGCUGAGGAGGCGGAGGGCGGGCAGCGGCGCAGCGCGCGCACCAUGGCCCCCGACGAAGACCAGGAGGCGGCCGAGGCGGCGGCGGCGCGCGCCUCCAAGGAGCACGUGUUCAACCCCUCGCAGCACCUGGCCGCGCUCAAGCCCACGCCCGACGAGAUAUUCCGCAAGUGCAGCGCGAACCGCAUCCAGCGAGAAGCCUCACCUCGUCGGGCGGUGGGCUUGAGCGCGGCCAGGUGCUGCGAGGGGUUGAACACGUGCUCUUGGAGGCGCGCGCCGCGCCGCCUCGGCCGCCUCCUGGUCUUCGUCGGGGGCCAUGGUGCGCGCGCUGCGCCGCUGCCGCCCUCCGCCUCCUCAGCGCCGCCGCCGUCGCGCAGCAGCCCCAGGUUGCGCAGCACGUCCAGCUGCUCGCCCGUCAGCAUGUCCGUGGGGAAGUCUGUACACGGGCACACGCUGUCAUGGGGUGUGGGGGCGAAGUGUGGGUGCGCGGGGGCCUCACCUGGCGUAGGAGUUGCGGGUCGACGACUGGGCUUGGCGCGAGGGCCCGUGGGCGGGGCCCGGGGCGCGCAGGGGCGCGGGGCGCGGCUAGCGGCGGCGGCGAGGGCGCGCCGGCAGCAGGCGAAGGAGGCCAGGUCAGCGCCUGCAGGGUCGUCGCUCAGGGACGGCGCCGCCGCCGCCGCGCCGGCCUCCACGCCCACCGCAGCGGGGCGGGCGCCGCGGGUCCGCGGCGGAGGGCGUGGCCGGCUCCUGGCAACAGCCGAGCGAGCACGUCCAACGCGUGGCGAUGGUUGUCGAAAUUAG